CCCUCCCUUCUUGACCUUUCCUAGCCUUCGCGUUCCUCAGCAUGUUCGCGUUUUGCGAGGAAACGUACGCUUUUCCCGACGAUACAAAAAUCGACACCAAGGAUAUAAAGGAGCCGAAAGAUAUCAAAGAAGCGGCGACCGCGUCGAAAGACGUAAAGGACGCCAUCAAGGCGGCUAAGGAAGCGAAGAAGAAUAAAAAAGAUUGCGCGCGGGAUUGCGGAACCGAUUAUGAUCCUGUUUGCGCUCAUGAUCCUACCGACGCCAGCUUUAAGCCGAGAAUCUUUGGCACGCAGUGCGCUCUGGAUAUUCACAACUGCGAAAUGGGCACGAAAUUGGCCGUGAAGAGCAAAGGCGAGUGCCCUGGAUCCGGUGGAGCAAGACUAUCCUAAAUCAACACUGCGGAAUUCUGGAAGAGCAGCGAGAAACGUGGAGCAUAACGCUAACCGUCGAAUGAACUGUUAGAUUUUAUCAUUGUGGAUUUAUUUAGUAAAUAAAUUCUGACUAAAUAUUUUAAUGUAUUCUAAUUGCAAUGCGACCGUUCUUCUAACGAUGACAGAAAUAGAGACGGUGUGAUACGCAAGAUAGCUGGAUGUAAUUACGUGACAAAAUAUGGCGAUAAAAUUGGCCGCUAGACUAUACGCUGUGUAACCUAUAAGAAAUAUACAGCGCAAAGUGUAUCUAUCUAAUAAAUAUUAAUGAUGAGCAACUAU